GGGGGCGGGGUACGCGCCUGCGAAGUCUUCUGUCUAACGGAACGGGCCUCCCGCGUCUUGAUUGUGAGGGUGGCGGCACGGAUGUGCCCGUGUGACGCAUCGAGCUUCUCGCGCACGCAAAACCCUUCCUGGGGUUGAUAACGUGCUGUGGUCACGUGAGAGUUGUGAUGUCAUCCGCGGUGACGUAAGAUACGGCCGUUGGGGAAAGCGGAGUCAAGGGUAAUCGGGGUCCCUCUGUGUUCUUUUUGAAAUUUCCUGUGUUUCUGGAAUUGAAUUUCAAAACGUAACACAAACAGCUCCCAGGGUACUGUGUGUGGCUCACUCUUUACCCCCGGGGGGCGCUGCCCUGGACACUGAAAUCACUCCGGCAAGUUGUCCCCGACCAUAAGGGGCUCCCAGGACGCCGUCCCCUGGCUCCCGUACCCGUCUCCCUGUCGCCUGAAUGGUCCCAGGAGUCACAGGGAGGGCCCAGCCAAGCCAGCAAACCAGAGGGCAUCUCCAUUGCACGCUUACGUCAACAACCUCCCUGAAAACACCUCUCUUCCUUUGAGUUAUUUUUAGCUGCGUGCGUUUGAAGAUUGUGAUGUUUUCAUCUUGCAACGCUUCACCGCCGGUUGCUUUUUCUACAUCAGUGCUUCUGCAGGGCACAGUAAAAGAUCAUCUUUUUCCGCCUCGUGUCCGCGGGGAUGGCGACUCUGACUAGCAGAGCGGGUGCUGGGAGGGUGUAGAGCAGUCGGCAGCCUCGGGCACCGUUCCGCUCUGGGAGCCGCCGGCUGGCAGCCCCUCGGGGCAUCGAGCAGACUUCCCCUGCCAUCCAGCAGCUCCUCUUCCGGGUCUGCGCCCAAAAGAAUGGAAAGCAGAGCCUCGAAGAGAUGCUGGUGUGCCCACAUUCACGGCAGCGUCCUCCGCGGUGGCCGAGGGGUGGGACCACACCACGUGUCCACGGGCGGAUGAAUGGGCGAGCAAAAUGCAGCCUGUGCGUGCAGGGAAGGGCGUUCAGCCCCAAAGGGGACACCUGACACCUGCUGGGUUGGGGGGGAGCCUUGACCUCAUGCCGAGUGACGUGAGCCAGACACAAAAGGACAAAUACUGUGCGAGCCCCCCUGUAUGAGGGACCCAGAAGAGUGAAACGCGUAUCGUAAGGAGUCUUUUUAAAGAGAGCCUGCUCAGGUGUCCUGAGGUUACGCAGAAGCUCUGUUCCCUUUUCUUCCCCACCUGCGGGACCCUCCGCACGGACCUGUUUCCCGGAGGAAACCUGAAUCGUGUGGUCUGUGCCAGCUCGGGACCCGAGCUGAGGGUGGCAGGGGGACGUCUUCUUCACAUCCCAGAGUUCUGGGUGAUGCACGUUGGCAGCUGUGGAACCGGUCCCCUUCCCACCGGGGGCCGCAGCCCGGCUGGGGCGCGGUGGCCGAGCCGCGACCGUCGUCAGAGAAACGUGGCUGGCUAGGUGCUGUCCUGCCGCUGUGCGUGGGCCCCGUACACAUUUGUGGCCUUGGGAUGGGCCCUGGUGGGUGUCCCGAAUGACAGUAGUUCACGAUCGUGGCCCUUGGUUCCACGGAGGAAAACUUUAGUCAUUAGAAGGGAAAGGGAUGUGCGGAAUUAAACAGCUGUAGCGAACACAAGAGGGGAGAAGUCCAGAGAAGAGCAGAGAAGAGCUCAUACCUCAGAUCAGGUGCUCACGACAUCCAGCCUCCCGGCUGGGGAAGCCCGCAGUGGGCUGGGGUCCCCACCGAGGGUCCUGGGUGGAGCGCCCUCCCCUCAGGUGAGGCUCCCAACCACGUGUUCCCUCCAGGGCCAUAGAUGCUGCCUGUGCCUGAUCUGUGCUUAGUCCUUAAGUUCGCCUAAGUGCAGUCCUGAGCGAGCUGGGUUUUUUUGUUUCUCUUAUCUUAUCUCACAGUUUUAGGAGCCUGGGCGCCUGCAGAUUUCUCUUCCUUCCCGGCUGCAUUCCAGGGGCCCAGCCUGGUCCGGCUCAAGGAGGUGUCAGAAAUGGCCGAAGACGGGAGUGAGGAGAUCAUGUUCAUCUGGUGUGAGGACUGUAGCCAGUACCACGACUCCGAAUGUCCUGAGCUGGGCCCCGUGGUCAUGGUCAAAGACUCCUUUGUGUUAAGCAGGGCAAGAUCAUCCCUUCCCUCCAACCUGGAGAUCCGGCGACUAGAGGACGGGGCUGAGGGAGUGUUUGCCGUAACUCAGCUCGUCAAGCGAACGCAGUUUGGUCCAUUCGAGUCGAGGAGAGUUGCCAAGUGGGAGAAGGAAUCUGCUUUUCCGCUGAAGGUGUUCCAGAAGGACGGGCACCCCGUGUGCUUCGACACGUCCAGCGAGGACGACUGUAACUGGAUGAUGCUGGUGCGGCCGGCGGCGGGGCCCGAGCACCAGAACCUGACCGCCUACCAGCACGGCGACGACGUCUACUUCACCACCUCCAGGGACAUCCCCCCCGGCGCUGAGCUGCGCGUGUGGUACGCGGCCUUUUAUGCCAAGAAGAUGGACAAGCCCAUGCUGAAGCAGGCCUGCUCCGGCGCCCACGCUGCAGGCAGCCCCGGAGGCGGCGCCACGGUGGAGCGGGAGCCCAGCCAGUGGGCGUGCAAGGUGUGUUCUUCCACCUUCCUGGAGCUGCAGCUCCUGAACGAGCAUCUGCUGGGUCACCUGGAACAAGCCAAAAGCCUUCCCCCGGCCGGCCAGCACGAAGCCGCUCCCGAGAAGGAAGCAGACGUGCCCCGGGGGGAGCCUCCUGCAGUGCCCAAGAGCGUCAGUGCCACCAAAGAGCAGAAGAAAAAGCCUCGAAGAGGGAGAAAACCCAAAGCAUCAAAACCUGAGCAGCCACUAGACAUUAUAGAAGGCAAAGAGCCAGCAGAGCAAGUGGCGGAGAUCGUCACCGAGGUCCCUCCGGAUGAGCCAGCGACGGCGGCACCGGACGAGCGGAUCAUGGAGCUGGUUCUGGGGAAGCUGGCCACCACCACCGGUGACACCGCUUCAGUGCCAAAGUUCCCGCACCAUCCGAGCGCCGCCAUCACCCUCAAGAGGAGUCUCAUUCUGUCGAGCCGGCACGGCAUCCGCAGGAAGCUCGUCAGGCAGCUGGGGGAGCAUAGGCGGGUGUACCAGUGCAGCGUCUGCAGCAAGAUCUUCCAGAACAGCAGCAACCUGAGCAGGCACGUGCGCUCGCACGGUGACAAGCUGUUUAAAUGUGAGGAAUGUGCCAAGUUGUUCAGCCGCAAGGAGAGUCUGAAGCAGCACGUUUCCUACAAGCACAGCAGGAACGAGGUGGACAGUGAGUACAGGUACCGCUGCGGCACCUGCGAGAAGACGUUCCGCAUCGAGAGCGCCCUCGAGUUCCACAACUGCAGGACAGAUGACAAGACGUUCCAAUGUGAGAUGUGUUUCAGAUUCUUCUCCACCAACAGCAACCUCUCCAAGCACAAGAAGAAGCACGGGGACAAGAAGUUUGCUUGUGAGGUCUGCAACAAAAUGUUCUACCGCAAGGACGUCAUGCUCGACCACCAGCGGAGGCACCUGGAGGGAGUGCGGCGGGUGAAGAGGGAGGACCUGGACGCCGGCGGCGAGAGCCUGGUCCGCUACAAGAAGGAGCCCUCGGGAUGCCCCGUGUGUGGCAAGGUGUUCUCCUGCAGAAGCAACAUGAACAAGCACCUGCUGACCCACGGCGACAAGAAGUACACCUGCGAGAUCUGCGGCCGCAAGUUCUUCCGCGUGGACGUGCUCAGGGACCACAUCCACGUCCACUUCAAGGACAUUGCGCUGAUGGACGACCACCAGAGGGAGGAGUUUAUCGGCAAGAUCGGCAUCUCCUCGGAGGAGAACGAUGACAAUUCGGACGCCAGCGCGGACUCCGAGCCUCACAAGUACAGCUGCAAGCGGUGCCAGCUCACCUUCGGCCGCGGGAAGGAGUACCUGAAGCACAUCAUGGAGGUGCACAAGGAGAAGGGCUACGGCUGCAGCAUCUGUAACCGCCGCUUCGCCCUGAAGGCCACCUACCACGCCCACAUGGUCAUCCACCGGGAGAACCUGCCGGACCCCAACGUGCAGAAGUACAUCCACCCGUGCGAGAUCUGCGGGCGCAUCUUCAACAGCAUCGGGAACUUGGAGCGGCACAAGCUCAUCCACACAGGGGUGAAGAGCCACGCCUGCGAGCAGUGUGGGAAGUCCUUCGCGCGGAAGGACAUGCUGAAGGAGCACAUGCGCGUGCACGACAACAUCCGCGAGUACCUGUGCGCCGAGUGCGGGAAAGGCAUGAAGACCAAGCACGCGCUGCGCCACCACAUGAAGCUGCACAAGGGCAUCAAGGAGUACGAGUGCAAGGAGUGCCACCGCAAGUUCGCGCAGAAGGUCAACAUGCUCAAGCACUACAAGCGGCACACGGGCAUCAAAGAUUUCAUGUGCGAGCUGUGUGGGAAGACCUUCAGCGAGAGGAACACGAUGGAGACCCACAAGCUCAUCCACACGGUGGGCAAGCAGUGGACGUGUUCCGUGUGCGACAAGAAGUACGUCACCGAGUACAUGCUGCAGAAGCACGUGCAGCUCACCCACGACAAGGUGGAGGCGCAGAGCUGCCAGCUGUGCGGGACCAAGGUGUCCACCAGGGCGUCCAUGAGCAGACACAUGCGGCGCAAGCACCCGGAGGUCCUGGCCGUGAGGAUCGAUGAUCUGGACCACCUCCCGGAGACCACCACCAUCGAUGCCUCCUCCAUUGGCAUUGUCCAGCCUGAGCUGAGUCUGGAGCAGGAGGAGCUGGCCGAGGGCAAGCACGCGAAAGCUGCCAGGAGGGCCCACAAGAGGAAGCAGAAGCCAGAGGCGGAGGCGGCCGGCGCCCCGGUGCCCGAGGAGGCCGCCUUCAGCGAGUACUCGGAGAAGGAGCCCGUGCUGUCCGGCGUGGGUGACGAGACCGACUCUGCGGUGCAGAGCAUCCAGCAGGUGGUAGUGACGCUGGGGGACCCAAACGUGACCACUCCAUCGAGCUCCGUCGGCUUGACCAACAUCACCGUGACCCCCAUCACCACUGCAGCCGGGACUCAGUUUACCAACCUCCAGCCCGUGGCUGUGGGGCACCUGACCACCCCGGAGCGCCAGCUACAGCUGGACAACUCGAUCCUGACCGUGACCUUUGACACCGUGAGCGGCUCUGCCAUGUUGCACAACCGCCAGAACGACAUCCAGAUCCACCCGCAGCCGGAAGCUUCGAACCCGCAGUCCGUGGCGCACUUCAUCAACCUGACCACCCUGGUCAACUCCAUCACGCCCCUGGGGAACCAGCUCAGCGACCAGCACCCGCUCACGUGGCGGGCGGUGCCCCAGACGGACGUCCUGCCCGCGCCCCAGCCGCCCGCGCCCCAGCCGCCCGCGCCCCAGCCCCAGGUGCCGGCCGAGCCCCAGCAGCACAUGUAUAGCUACUGAGUCAAAGCGCCAAGAACUCACGAGGAGCCCUGCCCGCAGGUGCUCUUGCUUAUUUUUGACAUUUGUCUGCUGGAUACCAAACCGAGAGAAAAACUUCGUCCUUGAGGUGUAAGUGAGGUUGACUCAGCUUUGCGGAAUUGUCUCCAGACCCCUCUCCCCCCUCCCCGGCUAGCACUGCCAUCUGAUAGCGUGCCUGGGGGGUGACUCCUGGCAGGUGGCAGCAUGUGUGAGCGGCUCAGCCUGUGCCCGGCAAGGCCGCGUGUCACCCACCUCCCCUAACAGAACUUGGUUGGUGGACACGGGGUCCGGGCAAGCGAGGCGAGCAGGGGCCGAGAGGUGAGUGAUACGUUACGGGGAGCAGAGUGGCCCGCUGGUGUCCUUUCGGGCCUCACUCGCUGCGUCAGCGCAGAGAACGGGUUCCCACGGGGCCACCGGCUGCAAGGAAACGCCAUUUUCGCCUCCCUUCCGGCUGUUUCUGGCGAACGAGCAGAUAGAAGUGAAAGUAACGUUUGUUUUCUUCUUGGAGAUCUGAGUUGAGUCCAACUCGAUGCACGCAACUUUGGGCCGAAGACCCGUGAGGAGGUGUUCCGUGGCUGCGGACGACCCCCCUCUGGCCUUGCGAUGGGUGAGGGGUCCCCGGAGGUCACUGACUCGGGCCCGAAAGGCCUCUUUGUAACAUAACGCGUGGAUUCACUUUUAGUCUCAGCUUUCGUUUUUUUUUUUUUAACUUUAUCUCAAGCACAUAUUACGUAUCCGGGACGCCGUCGUGGCCACGUCGUUCUUGAUUUUGACACGCUAAAGUCGUUUGCACUGUAGGAGUGUCGGUCCACGUCCAGUUCUGCGCCGGUGCCCGAACACAGGGGACACCCCACUGUGUGGGACGAGUCGGCCCCGUGCCGUCCCCUCUGGUGGCUCCCGCAGAGCCGUGUCGGGAUCCGCCGCCAUCCAAAUAUAUUUAUUACGGCUGAGGCUCAGCCAGAGCCACCGAAGAGCAGGGAGGAAAGUCACGUUUUCUUUCUGUGGCAACUUCAGUCCAAAGGUUGAUCUGCUUCAGGACCAACUUCCGAUAAAAAUAUUGCAGGAGGUUUGGCUCUUUACAAUGGAAAAGUGUAGGUUUUUCUGAAGCACACAGAUACGGCCAUUUGCUGCCGGGCGGUCGUGAAAGCAGAGGCGGUCCGUUCGUCAGUAGGAGCGUUCGUUAAUGGCCUUCGUGCUCGCACGUGCCAAGUAAGCGCCAUCCCCGCGUCCCCGGCGCACACGCUGUCACACGCCGCGUCCCCGGUGUGUCAGAGGUGGUGGGCCAGGCUCACGCGAGCCCGCUGGUCAGCCGGGGAACCAGGGGCGCAGGUUUUAGCCUCCUGAGACUUUUUAAUGCUGUCCAAAAUGAAAUGAUACGUACGUCUGCCUUGCUGCGGCCUUGAUCGCUCUUUGUCACGCAUCCCGUGUUAUUUGGGAGACCACCUUGAAGAAAGAGUGACACGUCAGUAGUGGACCCGUGAGGCGGGAGGCGUCUAGGGCCGCCAGGGAGGCCAAGGGCCACUCCUUCUGCGAAAUGCAGCGUCCUCGGCAUUUCCCUUGAUUCCGAGUCGUGAGAUCUUGAGGACGGGGCUCGAGUUCGUAUCGUGCAAUACCUGUCUUCAGAACUAAGGACCUCCCGUCACCCACGCGGCACGUAAGAGCGUCCCCAGAGUCCGCACCGUGGACACAGCUCGGUCACACUCCCGUCUCCUGCCUGCAGUUGAAUUAAUAGUGGGAGCUUAUUUGACUCUUUAAUUUAUGAUAAUUAUUUUUAUGUUAUUUAUGUAUAUAAUUAACUGCUUUAUACACGACAAUUCCAUCAAGCGAACUUGGGCCAGGAGGGAUAUAUUUUCUCAAAUCCUGUCCUUCAUCCUCCAAAUGUAAGCGGUCCGGGUCCCAUGGGGUCAUCAAGAGUACCGAGGUUCCUAAUGUAUUUAAAAAAAAAAAAAAAAAAAGAAAAAAUCACUGACGGGUUUUUUUUUUUUUGACCAAGUGAAAAUACAGACAGGAUGAAACCUCUUUUAGCCUUUAUCUCCUGUUCCGCUUCCCUAUGAAAUAAAGGCCUUUUAAAUCACAGUUUUAUUUUUUUAAAA